AUGAAAGCGCUGGGUUGGUCUGUGAUCGUGGCUGUGUACCUGUCUGUGUUUAUCGGCAGCGCGGUACCUGGAUCAGCGUCCCGGAACGCCAUUAAGAACCUGCAGACUGAAGGAGUGAGAGUCGCUGAAGCCGUCAGUGCCAGUCCGCAUGCUGCCACCGCAAACCAGACAGCCGGUACCCGCUCUGCAGCGCCGAGCUGCGUCGGUGUUAUCUGCGGUCAAACUGAGUUCUGUUCUCGAGGGAUUUGUCAACGGUGCCGUAACCGCCGAAAGCGAUGUGGACGCGGUGCCAUGUGCUGCCCUGGGAACCGCUGUAUCAACGGUGUGUGUCAAGCAGGUGAAGCAAAUACCACACAAACUGUCAGCAUUACAGAUGGCACCCAGCAGGUUGGCAAGGUAGAUGGCAUCACUUUGACUGGAACACAUAAUCGGAACGGCACAGUGAAGCUACAGCAGGGUAAAAGAACCAGUGUUUCCCCAAGACAACAGGAAAUACUGAAAGGUGGCGAAAUUAAAGACUGUGUGAGGUCCUCAGAUUGUGGCCCAGGUAUGUGCUGCGCCCGGCACUUCUGGUCGAAGAUCUGUAAGCCAGUGCUGACCGAGGGCCAGGUGUGCACGCAUCGUCGCAAAAACACUCAAGCGGUGGAGAUCUUUCAGCGCUGCGACUGUAGCCAAGGCCUGGUGUGCCGAGUCCAGAAAGAGCGGGCCACGGGGGCAGAAAGCCAGCAACAGCUUUUAUUGCAGCAACAGCAGCCCGGCAAAAACAAUACAAACAAAGCUGCCAGAAAGCUCCACACAUGCCAGUCUGGCUAAGCUAACAAAACACAUUGUGGACAGCUGGCUUUUGUGGGCAUACGCAUUUAAAUAGACACACACAAGCAUUUACAACACCUUCAGUAUGAAAUGUGUAUGCAUGGACAUAUGCGGAAGGAAAACUGACACCCAGGAAGGAAGGAUGCUCCAUUAAAGGGAUUGAUCAUAUUUCCUGGACUGAUGCAGAAAAAGCACACUGUGUGGAAGAUUCAAUCCAGAACUCUGUUACUGAAGAGAGACUUGUUUCUUCUUCAGGGUCAUUAAAAGGCAGAUUGUUGUUUCCCUUUAUAAGGGAACUAUAAGCAGUUAUUUGCAGUAAAUUACUGUAUUGUAAAUAUGUACUUGGAAGUGGCACUUAACUGAGCUUAUCAAUUCUGUAAUAUUAGUAUUGUAAGGCCAGGUGCUGCAUGACAGGAUGCUGAUAAUGUAAAUGUGCAAAUGAUAUGAUUUAUAUUAUUUACAACGUGU